CUGUGACAAGGUCAGAAUCUGGGGUUUCUACUUCCUUACUAAAUAAACUGGGGACCUCUGGAUUUCACAUUGACAGGAAAUCAAGGAGUUGAGGGAGACCCUCAUCUUAGUGAUGUGCCUGAGUAGAGACAGUGAGGAAACAAUAGAACUUGGAGAACUUCCAUACCAUUUGGGGAAUCGAGAACAGGGAACCAUGAUGGAUUAACAUUACCAUAGCUACAAGGAAAUGAGAGGUCCAGCCUACCCUGACAGGAUGCACACAGGCUUGGGAAAGAAACCUAGCCAGAAGCUGGGGUAUUGGGGAAUGGCCUACUUACAAUAGAUACUAAAAGGACGGUCCCUGUCCAGGUCUUGGUCUUCUUGAGAAGCAUCUCUGACACUUAAAGGGUACUUAGCAUUUGCUUAGCUCUGCUAGCCCCACCUAAACUGGGAUCAUCCAGCACUUUAAGGUCUAUUGAACUAGUCUGAAACUAGUGAGUCCGAGACCUCCCUUCAAGGCAAACUCAUGGGAUGGGCAAAGUUGGGGUCUCCAGAUUUCAAGUUGACGGUGCCAUCCUCCCAUCCUCACCGUCUCUCAGUCUCCAUAUUGAAUCUGUUGCCAAGACUUCAUGAUUUCACCUUUCCACCUUCUCUGGAAUGUGCCCACUUCUCUCCUCUGAUGCUUCCACCAUCCUGGAACAGGCAGGCCCUUCAUCUCUUCACAACUGGACUGAAGAGCCUGCUGGUAGGUCUUUCUGCCUCAAGUCUUUCCCCUCUCCAGCCCAUUCUCCAUUCAGCAACCAAAGUGAUUUUCCUAAAGUGCAGGUCUGGCCAUGUUCAUCCCGAUUCAGGAAACUCCAGGGACUCCCUAUUCAUGUCCAGGAAUAAAUGUAAAAUGUUCUUUGUAGCCUAGCCCCAUCCCCCUUUCCAGUCUUCCUACACCCCAAACUUUUCUCCCCAUUCCUCAAUCUAGUGACUCUGGACGCCUCGAUGGUCCUUGUACAAGAUACUCUCUUCUGACUCACAGCAUUUUCUCUGAUUGCUCCCCAGGCUUACAAAGCUAUUUUUCCUCAUUUCCACCUCCUGGCUUCCUUGAAGGACCAGCUGACAUCCCUCCUUCCAUGGAAAGCAUUUCCCUCUCCCUCUUAAUUCUAAUGACUUUGCUCUACUGACGGUUUCCUAUUUAUUCUGGAUACAGCUCGUUUGUACAGUUGUUUAUGUGCUGUGGCUCCCAUUAGACUGUGAGCUCGUCACCACCCUGCCAGGGCUCUCAAGUCCCCAUCUCCAUGUGGAGUUGUGACAGUACAUCAAGCAGACAAGAUGGCCAAAAAAGGGGACUGUAGAUGAGGAGGAUGAGCUGGGAGAGAGAACUGUGUGCCGUGGAAGGAGUGAAAGGCAGGAGGUAGAGAGAAGGAUGAACGGGAAAAUACGAUUGGAUAAGAGAAUUUCUGUUUAUGAACUUGGAAGUGGAAUCCCGUGGAGGAUGGCAAGGUCCAGUUAUGAAAAACCUCCUCCUGGACUUAUUAAGGAAGAUGAGACUAAGCCAGAAGACUGUAUCCCAGAUGUACCAGGCAAUGAACACGCCAGAGAAUUUCUGGCUCAUGCUCCAACUAAAGGACUCUGGAUGCCCCUGGGGAAAGAAGUCAAGGUUAUGCAAUGCUGGCGCUGUAAACGGUAUGGACACAGAACAGGUGACAAAGAAUGCCCAUUCUUUAUCAAAGGCAAUCAGAAAUUAGAACAAUUCAGAGUAGCACACGAAGAUCCCAUGUAUGACAUCAUAAGAGAGAAUAAGCGGCAUGAAAAGGAUGUGAGGAUACAGCAGUUAAAGAAGCUACUAGAAGAUUCUACCUCAGAUGAAGAUGGCACUAGUUCCAGCUCCUCAGAAUGUAAAGAGAAGCAUAAGAGAAAGAAGAAGAAAGAGAAACAUAAGAAAAGGAAAAAGGAGAAGAAAAAGAGAAAGAAAAAGAAAAAAAAGCACAAAUCUAAAUCAAAUGAGAGUUCAGACUCUGACUAAAAAGUCAUUUCCUUUGAAUCCAUCUUGUCACUCCAGAAUCAUAGCUGAAUGUCAGAGGUAAAGAAGUAGCCACAAAAGGGCCUCAGUUGACAGAGAAAAAGGAACCAAAAAACUUGCAUAGUUAGCAUCACCCCAUGGCAUUUUGCCCUCACUGCCAACAGUGAUGAAUUCACUGUGAUAUUGAGUUUCUUAUAUGCCACACUGCUGGAUUCUCCUCCUCCUCCUCCCCCCUGUGUACUGUAGUUUGUGAUUAGUUUUGAAAAAAAAAAUCAAGCAUAAGAUACGAAAAUAUUCUAGGUGUUUCCAAGAGAGAUUCCCCUAGAAGAUCAGAGGGUUAAUGGAGUAGUAGGAUGACUUGAGAAGUUGAUCUUCAGCAGUUACAAGUGCAUUCUAUUGAGUGAUGAAUAAUAAAACUCCAUUAUUUCUCACUUAAAAGUGAAUAUCCUUGCUGUAUACUUGCAAGGUCUAAUGGUGGAAGAAUGGAAAAGGAGGUAGCUAUAUGAAAUACCUUAUCUUCAUUGUAAUCAUUUUGUUGUAGAAUCUGGCACUCCACAAAGUAACUGAUCUACUAAGAUUUUUAGGGAAAAAUUUUUUUUUUGUCAGCAGAAAAUCCUUCCUUUCCUUCCCAAUACAAUCUACUCCCCAAUUCAGAACAACAAAAGAAAACCCAAUAAAGAUGUGAACUCAAACAAAAAAGAUUACCUCCUUGAUAAUGUCUAAAAGGAAAAACACAAGCACACACCCCAUUCUUCAUUAAGUUGAAGAGAGUUUCUAAGUUUGUCUUUUUUUUUAACCCUUCCCUUCUGUCUUAGAAUCAAUUCUUAAGUGUCAGUUCUGUGGCAGAAGAGUGGUAAGGAGCAGGCAAUGGGGGUUAAGUGACUUGCCCAGGGUAUCACAUCGAGGAAGUGUCUUGAAACCAGACUUGAAUCCAGGACCUCCUGUCUCUGGGCCUGACUCAAUUCACUGAGCCACCUUGCUGCCCCACACCUCCCAAGUCUUUCACAAUUGUUUUUCUUUACCACAUUUUUAUCAUUGUGUAAACUGUUCCUGUUCUAUUCACUUCACAUCUUCCCUUGUUUCUCUGAAACCAUUCCUUCACCAUUUCUUACACACAAUAGUAUUCCAUCUCAUUCUCCUAUACCAUAACUUAUUCAGUUGUUCCCCAAUUGAUAGGCACCUCCUCAUAGUCCCAUUCUUUAUCACCUCAAAAAAUCCUUAUAAAAAUAUUUGCAUUUCCUUAGAGUUGGAUUGGCACAGAACGAAAUUCCCUUAAUAUACUUUCCUCCUAGUUCUUCUUGCCCAUUUCCCCAUUAAAGAAACUUUCUGUUCCCAACUCUGCAGCAUGUUUUUUUCUCUGCCUUUCAACCAGCUCUGAGAAUGAGGUUCACAUCAGCUCUCUUCCCACCCCUUCCCUUCUCCUUGUGCAGCCAGAUUAUGUGAGAUAAUUCCCCCCAACCUUUGUUUCCCUUUCCUCCAGGUAUGUUCCUCUUCUUCCUCUUUCCACUCUUCUUUUAAGAGCACAUUCAACAGAAUCCCUCCCUCUCUUACUUCUACCUGAGAGGAAACACAAAGAUCCACUCCUUAUAUUAUGAUAUGCAUAGAUUAUCCUUUAGCUAAAUCCUUCUAACUGUUGUUCAUAUUUACAUACUUCUGUUUCUCUUAAUUCUGUGUUUGUUUCAACAUUUCUUUGCAGCAUUUCUUUGCAGCAUUUCUGCAUUUCUUUGCAGCUCAGGUCUUCAUGCAUGCUUAGAAAUCCUCUAUUUCCCUGCCAAUCCAUUUUCCCCCUUUCAGGGUAAGUUAAUGUCCUUUGCCUUCUGAGAUACUUACUCUCUUCCGUGCUCGCCCCUUUCUAGUGAUGGCAGCUAAAUCAUGGGUGUUCCUGUGUGUCCUUAGUAACUGAAUGCAGUUUUGUUUCUUUGACUGGGAAGCUCUGGAUCUUGACUGUCAUUUUCCUGAGGUUUUCAUUUUGGAGUUUUUUCAUAGGAAGUGACUGGUGAAUUCUUUCUCUUUCUCCAUUGCCCUCUCGUUCUCAGUGAUCCUAUGCAGUUUUCUUUUGCUCCUCAACCUUUCCAAAUUGCAGCCAAUCUUCUUUAUUCUCUGUGUCUAAUCACUGCAGUUAUUAUUUCGUUCAAUUACAUUGUUUUGGUUCUGGCAUGAGAAUAAUUAGUGAAGCCUUCUCACUCUGUCCAGCUUGGGAUUUCCCAAGUGUGAUCAUUUUUCUCCUUUCCACCCCAAGUUCUCUGGCAACCUCAAAUUAGUCUCUCAAUUUAUUGGCAAGCCUUUCCCCUCUUCUUAUCUUCAUUCCAUUCUAUUUUCCAAGUGAGUGGCCAGGGAGACAGGUUAUUUCCUGGGGGUUUGGGCCCCAGGUCUUUGCUUCCUAUAGCUGCAGGUGCAGUGGUCCAAGUGCUGGGCUUGGAAUCAGGAGAGAUUUCAGUUCAAGUCUGCCUUCAGACACUGUUAAGCUGUAAGACCCCGGGUCACCCUCUCUGUUUCCUCUACUGUAAGAUGGGGAUAAUAGUUGCACUUACUUCCCAGGGUUGUGAGGAGCCAAUGAGAUAAAGGCACUUAGCAAUGCUUGUCCCUUUUCCUCUAUCAAUGAGGAAGCUCCCCGAGGCCCCAUUCCCUCCAGGAGGGCCUUAAACCUCUUCAAAGCUGAUCUGGUCAUAGAAAUGACUUCAUUCAAGCCAGUAACUAAGUUCAUUCCUACAUGGUGGGUCUUUUUUAAAUGUUUCAUUGAUGCAUUUUGCAGUCUUUAGAAUGACAGUCUGCAGUACGGUCUGUUCUUUUUCUUUCAAAACCCUAACCUUAUUUUUAGGCAGAAGAGUGGUAAGGGCUGGACAGUUGGGGAGAAGUGAGUUGGCUGGGAUCACAGAGCCAGGAAGUAUCUGAGGCCAAAUUUCAACUCAGAUCCUCCCAGCUCCAGGCCUGAUGUUUUAUUCUCUCUGCUGCCUUGCUGCCCCAGGCCAGCUAAUUUGGAUUUUUUUCUCUAAACACAUUAAUCAUAACUUAUCUCCACUGAAUUGUAACUGCCACUUGUCUGUUCAUCUCCUUGGGACUGCUGGUUUUGAGGUGUCCUUUAUGUAUAACAUUAAUGAUGUAGCCAGAGUUGCACAUUUUUAAUAUCUUUUCCCAAGAAUCUUUUCAGGAGGUUUCUGAAAGUCUAAAUAAGCAUACUUUUUUCCUACAGAAGCCCAACUGCCUUGCCUCUUAAUACUUUGCUUAAGUAUUCAGUCAUCAGCUUGCCUGGUAUGUACACAUGAUUCAUUUUUCCCUAUCUACUCUUGAACAAUUAGACAGAAAUCAGUUUAUAAUAUUAAUGUGUUCUAGCCAUUUGUACUAGAGAUCUAAGUUAUUUUUGGCCAAAAGUCUCACAUUUUCACACUUGGAAUUCCUUUAAAAACUCUGGGUAGAUAUCCCAUCGUCUUGGCACUUUAACUAAAAUUAAACAAUUCAGUUAAGAAUCAGUAAACAUUUCUGAGGUUUUGCAAGGUCAGGCUAUAAAGGACUUCGAAUACUGAACAGAGAAUUUUGUAAAGGCAUCAGGGACCCACUGGAGUUUAUCAGGGUAGAAUGGCAUGAUCGGCCGCUCUAGACUCCAGCUACCUUCUUACCACCUGGUAAGCCAUUACUCACUCCACUCACCCCCCCCCCCCUUUCCUAUUCUUGAGAUUGAUGGUCAAAUACAUGUGCCGUUGUUUCCAAAAAGGCCGUGUCAGUCAACUACCCUACUGUAGACUCAACAUCACGGGGACUUCUCAAACAAAAAUGCCUUUGCUUGCUUGACACUCUUUAUAUUGGUCGUGUGCUCCCAUCACAAGACAAGCUCAAGGCCAGAAUGGUCCCAUUUUUUGUAUCUGUAUCCCUGGCAUGAAGCAAGCACUUAGCAAAUUAUUCAUUCAUAUAGUGAGAGCCUGAGCUGGGGUGGUUUAUUCUACAUGCAAGUAGAGAGAAGGAAUCAAUACAAGGAAUAUUGCCAAGACAAAAUGGAUAGAUCUUGCCUACUGAUGGGUUUUGGGGUCUAAAAGAAAAGCAAGAAUAAAAAAUGCCCAGAGUUACAAUUCUGAGCCACCAGUUCUAUCACUGAAAAUAAGAUGGCAAAGAAGAAAGGCAUUUUGGUAGAAAUGAAUACAAAAAGCAUUUAUUAAUUACUUACUAUGUACUAAGUCCUUCGUCUCAAGGAGCACAUACUUUACUGUUGUCAGGGACAACAACACAUAGAGGAGGGUUCAGGUACAAGGCAGACAAAAGCAGGCUCUUCCCACCCCCAGACUACACAGGUCAUGUGACAAUGGCCAGGGAGGCCUGAAGGACCAAUGAUGGCUCCUGUAUUAUUCCUUGGAUAGGAAUAUGGCAGCAACGAAGGUGGAAAAAAUGGGCAUCCUGUGGCAUCUGAUACUACCAAGCAGGGGAAAUAAACUAAGAAAAAAUUACAUUAAACUAGAAACUUAUGGCUGAAAUUUAACUAAAAUGAAUACAAAUCAUGGAGAUGUUUGAAUUCAUGAAAUUCUCUUUAUGAAAACAUGGGACAUGCAGUCCAAGGCCCAGAGCUAUUCAGUGACUUCUCUGAGGUAGCCAACCUGAAACUAGAGUAUAGAAUUCCUGACACCUGUCUCAGUAUUCUUUCUGGUACUCCACAACAUCUACUUUUGGAUUUAUAGUUUCAAUUAGUCCAAGAGAUUUUUGUGCCAAAGCUGUGAUUCUAUUGAUCACGACAAAUUAAAAUAAGACCAGCCCUUUUUAUCAAUACCAUUUUUCCUUAGUUUCUUCCUCAUUUCUAAUGUUUAUGGCAUAGUGAACAGAAUACUAGAAUGUCCGGAAGACUUGGAUUCAAAUCCUUAUUCAUUUCAACACUUACCAGCUGUAUUUAACCACAGAUAAAUCUCACUUAAAUGUUGAGGUUUCCUUAUCUGUAAAAUAAACAACAUAAUAUUUGGUUUUGGCUAAGACGCCAAUGAGAUGAAUAUAAAGGUCUUUGCAAACCUUAAAGAGCCAUAUGAAUCAAGUAUCAUACUAAAUUCCCUUCCUUAUUCCUCUA